CCCGCAGCCAAAUUCUUUCUAGUCUGGAGAAAAGUAUGAUUUGUUUGGACAACUUUUUAGUGUUGUGUGUCUCACGGACUCUUGCAGUUCUCCGCCCCUCCUGACUCGCUGAUUCAGCUUGUGCUCCAGCGGAGUUCAUUGUGUGAUCGCAGGUCGAGAGGAUGAUGGCUGGAGUGUGUUGUUCAGUGAGUGUGCUGUUAUUGUGUCUGUCUGGAUUCUUGAGCACAGCAGACGCAGCUCCAGGACGAAACUGCACAGUGGUGGGUCACUGUCCGGCCAAGCUGACGGUUGUGCCGUCCAGUCGGGGAUGUGUUUCUGAUAAAGACUGCUCUGGAGGACACAAGUGCUGUGUCUUUGACUGCGGGGCUGUGUGUGUGCCGCCUGCUUUCACAAAGCCAGGAGUGUGUCCACGCAGAAAAUUUGGAGCAGGAAUGUGUGCUGAAUUCUGUGUCAAUGACAGUGACUGUCCGAACAAUGAGAAAUGCUGCAGCAAUGGAUGUGGACAUGAAUGUACGGCUCCAUAUACAGUGAAGCCUGGUCGAUGUGCCCUACCGAAGGGGACUCCAAUGUGUGCAGAAUACUGUUACCAUGAUGGCCAGUGUCCUGCUGAACAGAAAUGUUGCCCAACCACCUGUGGUCAUGCAUGCAGUGAACCGUGCUGAUUCAACCAUUGGAAAGACUCAACGGGAAAAUGAUUUUGCAUAAUACACACUUGAGUUUUUUUGUACCAUUUAAUGCUUAAGUCUUCCCCAUUUAUAACCACCAAAUAAACCUCAUAGUUUCAGUAAA